GUCUCCAACACAAGAAAAUUAUGUAUCAUCUGGAAGAAAGCUAUCUCAGCAACCUCUUGUCUACGUUCUCAGACAAUUCCAAUGCUAAAAGCAACAUUCUAGUCAUCGGAUCCAGUCUUGAUUAUUGAUAAAUCUAGCCAUCUAUGUACCUUUUAAAUUUUUGUCUCGAUAACGGAUAAUUUUGUGCAUUGGCGGACGUAACCAACAAUCACUCUAUGAUAAGCAUCUGCACUUCUUCCCGACGAAAUAAGUUCUAUCAACUUUUCAGACAAGUCGCACUAUCACUUGACAACUCCUCAAGAUGGUUGGAGCUCGCUAUACACACACAAUCGAUACCAAUCCAAGAGAAUCCAUCGAACCUUCAAUUGAAUUCGAGUGUAUCGAUUCAAUUAUUAUAUCCACCAAAGACAAUAGUAAUACAGAAUCGCAAAAGGCUUCAUCACCUUCUACAAAUCCUUCCAGAACAAACUCUCCAGAUUCACACUCACCUUCACCUAUGCCAAUCAGUUCACGACUUGAUUCACGCUCUACCUCUCCACCUAGAAUUGAUAAUUCAUCUUUGAAUAACAGUAGUACUGAUCAAGAACAAGAUAUACAACACAUUGCUCAUCUCGAAUCCAAUAAAAAGAGAUCUCGAAUAUCAGAGCCUUCAAUCCACCAAAGUAUUAGCACUAUAAAGGAAGAUAUAGAGGAUGAUGAGCAAAGGAUCAACAAGCGUACACGUAGACAGGAAAGCCAAGGCACGGGGCGUCGGCACGAGUUUGGGUUCCCGUCUAGAAUAGUCUCUCGACGCAGGUUUCAAUUCCUGGCCUUCUUCAAAUGCCACGAAUUACCACGGAUACUAUUCGAACGUAUCUGCCAGCCUUCCAAAGUCUGGAACGAUGAAGGUGAAAUCGUCGAAUGCUCUGAGACGAUCGUUGGACUCGAUUCAGAUCUAGAGAAUAUAUUUCAAGAGGCAAAGGAUAAUGGAAUCAUCAGGUGUUUCGAGACGUUGUUGAGUGAAACCUAUGUCGUAGAGGAAAGUUGGAAGCAGUGGUUAUGUUUCAAUACCGAUGAUAGAGCACGACGAAACAUAGAGUUUAACAUAUUGGAGCUGGUAUUGAAGGCGUUUCCAACACCAUAUACGGAAAUUUCGUGGAUGGAGGUAGAAAGCCAAAUGCUGAAUGUUGUGCAGACGACAUGUGUACCUUUUCUGUGCAACCUUGACAUGGAAGAUGUCAUAGACUAUUUAAAUGAUCGAGAUUUUGAUAGGGAAAAGAUAACCUGGUAUCUAGCUAUCUUAGCUAAAUUUCUUAUACGCCUAUCGAAACUGAUGGGGGACAGUACUCCAGCAACAAUUGACCCCUUGAUAUCGAGUUGCCUUGAGUAUCUCAAAGAAUGGCCUAGGGUCAAAUCAUUAUACCUAGAUCGCGCAAUCAAUCAUGAGCAGAUUGAAAGUCUUGACCAUUAUGGCAUAAAAUAUUUGAAUGGAGUUAUAGGCCUUGGGUUAGCAUCGAUUCUUACAAGCGGAGAGUCCUCACACCGUUACAAAUACAGUCAUCAAAAUGACUGGCACCCCCUUGAAACAUCCUGUGCACAUUCUACUAUUGAAUUAUUGGCUCAUGUAGAGCUACAUGGAGCUGCAUCACUAGCUGAACUACCAGGAGUUGUGUAUAAAAAUCUGCCUUUGACGACCAGGGUUUUGAUUGCAUUUAGCGAGGUCAAGCUUGAAUCAUAUGACAACGCGCGAGAUAUGCUCGGACCUAUCCUUGAUGAAGCCAAAGGAAUCUAUGGCUCGCAGUCUAUGGAAGUCUUUCUAAUUAUUGCAACACUGGUAAAUUGUUUAAACAGAUGCCGAAUGGAAUCUUUAGCCGAGGGGCUAGUCAGUUCAAUCUUUAAAAAGGCAGUAGGCCACUUGGAAAUGUUUAGCACAGCUCAAGAGUUUCUGAUUGGGCUCUGGACCAUCCCCAACUAUUAUACCAAUAGCGAAUUAUCCAUGGUUGUUGCAUUCGCUGAUUCUCUCCUCGGCCAAGGCAAACAUGACGACGCCCUGUCUCUUUUUCAGGCUAUUCUGAAGAAGGGACGACCAGGCCGUGAGGAUAUUACAAUGAGUGUAGCUCUAAGGAUAGCAAAAAUAACUCGCAGACUAAACAUCAAAUCCUCAAUUAAUGACACCCAAAACCUUGAACACAGAGAUGCCUGGAAAGUGCUCGGAGAUGCAUCAGAGCUCUACCCCAGAGUUUCAAGUAUUCUAAAAUAUGCCUUUGUAGAAGAGGUUAUUUGCCAUUUGUCCCUCUUGGAAGAUAAAGAUACCCGGAAAAGAUUCGUGGCAUCAGAGAUCAUCAAAGUGCUGAAUCUAGAAUCAAUACUUUACAAAGGGUCAGAGAGUUCGAGGAUAAGCUUUUUCGAGAAUCUGCAAACCAUAAAUCAAUACGCAGAACAGCUCAAAUUCCUGAUGGCUGAUGAGGCACCAGAAUUCAUCGCUAGCAACAUGGCGCAGCGCUUUCCCAACGCUUCUGUAGAUCUCAUUAAAAGGAUGAGUCGAGCAAAUUGGCAGAGAUUCAACAGAAUUCAAGAAAUGCGUGUCAUGCCGGAGAUUGAUGACAUACCUGAUGCAAAGGAAUCUUUGCAUUAUCGAGAUUCUGGACUUGGAAGCUCAAUGAAAACCUCGUCCAACAUUUUGAAUUCAUCUAAUACUUCGGUUGUCUCAUACAGAUCAUUUAUGAAUAACGAUGCAAAAUCAAUUAUCCUACCUCAAAUGCCUGAGACGGUCAAGUCGCAAGGGCAAUUUCUUUGUUUUGUCUGCGAAAAGACAAUAAAAGGGAUAACUGGCGAAGCACAAUAUAGGCGUCAUAUUUGGGCUGAUCUUAGGCCAUAUGUAUGCCCUGUCAAAGGCUGUGAUGCUGACGCGAACCAGUUCCUAUCAAGAACUGAUUUCGGCGUGCAUCUCAAAGAUCAUCAUGCCACAAAGUCGCUGGGAAACAAUUCCACCGAACGUAUAUCUGCUCUUCGUUGUCCAUUCUGCGAUGAGCUGCCUGGUGAAGUAGCUCUUAUUGGUCAUAUCUGUCAUCAUUUAGAGGUAGAGUCAUGUUCAAUCUUUUCACAGGAAACCGAAGAGGAGCUGGUAUACGACGGUUUCGUUAUAGCGCCCAGUGAUUAUGGAGCUCGACGAAGUGAUGAGGAUACUAGACAAGCAUUAUUAAAAUAUCCUAGGCCUGCUAAUACCGACUUUGCUUUCGACGACGAUUUGGAUUUCACUGCAAAAGUGGCAGCUGGUUUGGAAGAGAAUGGUUUCGAGCCGAAUCUCGUGAUUGAAGAUACCGCUUUCCGAAAACGUGAUUCCCCACCUCGCUCUAUUGAAUACAAAACACCAUGGUCUGAAUAAUACAAAUAGAAUAAACAUAUCGGGGUCGCAGCUGUUCGCGCGAAGUAGAAUAAUGCAAACCCCAUAAAAUAUCUGGAGAGAAUUAUGAGGACACAAAAGUUGUAUGUACAAGCUCAAUAUGGCAAAGUACAGAGGUUAAGCACUGUCCAAAUCGCCAGCACUAUAAAUAAUGCGUCAUUACAAUCACAACUUUAAUAUAACUAACCAAUCGAGACUGUCGCUACUGUCAAUAUAUCCA